UGUCCAGCCCCUCCGCAUCUUCCUCUUUACUGAUCCACCUGCGACACACCUGCGACACAUCUUGUGAAGGCCUUUUUCAGUCUUGGCUUGGAGCUGGUGCACUUGUACCAUUCCUUUAUAACCAUCAAAACCACCCGCGACAUGCUCAGGGGCAAUAUUGCGAUGGUGACACAGUAUUCUCUCAUGCCCAGCAGAUUGUUGGUGCAGGCGGUGAUGGUGGUGGUGGCAGCGACAGCCUUAGUCAGCGCCACCCACCAUGGUCACCAGGGUCAUCCUGUCAUCCAUGGACAACUUCAGGCGUGUCCCACCCAGGUGCAGUAUGUGGUCAGCACGGAGACUGAUAUACAGACGACAACAGCAACAAGAACGGCGACUAAAACCCUGAACGUCACGUGGACAGUGUCGGCGACGGUGACAUCAACGGCAACGGUGAUAACAACAACACCGACGACAACAACGGCAACAGUGACAACCACAGCAACGGUGACAACAACGGCAACGGUGAAGCAGUUGCUGACGAGUACAGUUCUCCAGAAGCAAACCCUCACCCUGGUGAAGCCGCCCGUCGGACACGUAGGGAGCAGCGGAGGAUACAUACACAGUGGCCACAGCUUCUGAAGGAGCACCCCGAUGUCCCCUCCUGACCACAGCUGGUGAAGGAGCACCCCGAUGUCCCCUCCUGACCACAACUGGUGAAGGAGCACCCUGGUGCCCCCUCCUGGCCUCAGCUGGCCUGCCCCGCCUGCAGAGUUUACCUUCACUACUUCUUGCUGGAAAAUUUAUAUCAUUUGGGAUGAAAAUUUUGGAUGUUUUCUUAAAAUUGCUAGGAAUAGUUACCACUCAUAUAUGAUCAGUUGUCUACUCACUUUGUUACCAAAGGUAUACUCACCAUCACAGCAGUACUCAUCAUGUUGCCCGAAGUAUAGUUAGCAUAAUACCAGUACUCACCAUGUAACCCAGGUGUACCCAGCGUAACUGUUUUACACUCUGUGUGAUGGAACGGAAAGCCUUGCCCUCGGCUAAGGUGAUCUGAACACCUCAAGUAAGCUUCCUGUCAUUGACAACUGUGAGCAGUUUGGACAGUUCUCCAUAAUUAAGCAUUGAAUAGUUUAAAUACAGUACUUUGAUCAAUAAUUCUCAAGAAACAAACCUAGCAGCGAAGGAAAAGUAUCAAAACAAUACCUUACUCUGUGACAAUAGUUUAGAGUAAUAAAGUAGCGUUAUUUUCUAGGAAAAAGGUUGUUGAUACUUGAACAAUAAUUAGCUGCAGUCAGACUAUAUUUGUCUGUCAUCAGACAGACAAUAGUUGGCUGUACUGGGAAUAUAGUUGGCUGUACUGGGACAAUAGUUGGCUGUACUGGGACAAUAGUUGGCUGUACUGGGACAAUAGUUGGCUGUACUGGGACAAUAGCUGUCAGUACUAGUACAACAGCUGCCUGUACUAAUGCAAUAGCUGAAUGUACUAGUACAAUAGCUGCCUGUACUAGUACAGUAGCUGCCUGUACUAGUACAGUAGCUGCCUGUACUAGUACAAUAGCUGCAUGCACUAAUACAAUAGCUGCCUGUACUAGUACAAUAGCUGCAUGCACUAAUACAAUAGCUGCCUGUACUAGUACAAUAGCUCCAUGCACUAGUACAAUAGCUGCCUGUACUAGGACAAUAGUUGCAUGCACUAGUACAAUAGCUGCCUGUACUAGUACAGUAGCAGCAUGCACUAGUACAAUAGCUACCAGUACUCGUACAAUUUUUGACUGUACUAGGACAAUAGUUGCCAAUCUUGAACAAAAAGGAAAUGCAUCAUGUACCAUGUAUACAGCAAGGACAAUGGCUGACUACAUGCUGAGCACACAGUUCAGUAGUUAACAGUUAUAUCUUAUUAACUGUUAAUUCUAUACAUGAAACACGUUAUUUGCGAAGGUGAGAGAACAAUGUAUGAAGCAACACAGGUACCAUUAACUUCUUAGGCUAGUCUGUAGACAACCAUUAGCUUGUAAGGUAACACUCUGCAGACAGCCAUUAACUUGUAAGGUAACAGUCUAUAGACAACCAUUAGCUUGUAAGGUAACAGUCUGUAGACAACCAUUAGCUUGUAAGGUAACAGUCUGUAGACAACCAUUAACUUGUAAGGUAACAGUCUGCAGACAACCAUUAACUUGUAAGGUAACAGUCUGCAGACAACCAUUAGCUUGUAAGGUAACAGUCUGUAGACAACCAUUAGCUUGUUAGGUAACAGUCUGCAGACAACCAUUAGCUUGUAAGGUAACAGUCUGCAGACAACCAUUAGCUUGUAAGGUAACAGUCUGCAGACAACCAUUAAGUGGUAAGGUAACAGUCUGCAGACAACCAUUAACUUGUAAGGUAACAGUCUGCAGACGACCAUUAACUUGUAAGGUAACAGUCUGCAGACAACCAUUAACUUGUAAGGUAACAGUCUGCAGACGACCAUUAACUUGUAAGGUAACAGUCUGUAGACAACCAUUAAGUGGUAAGGGAAAAAACUUGACGGUCUUCAUAAUACACAACAAAUUUGCCUUAAAA